AUGGCAGAGGCAGAUGAUUCAGCAAGCAGAGUUGGGUAUGUAUUUCAUUCAAUUAAUGAAAAAGAUCUCAAACCUGGGGAUCAGAUCUAUUGCCACAGACUAAUUGAUACAUAUAGUCAUCAUGGUAUUUACAUUGGUGAGCUUGAUUGUGAGGUGAUUCAUUUCGGUGGCGAUGACAGUGGAUCACUAGGCAAGAAGAUAGGCCAGCAAGAUGAUGAAACAAUGAGGCUAGUGACUGCAUUGUCACUGGAGCUUGAACAAUUACCAGAAGAUUCAGAAAGGGCUCAAGAAAUCAAGCAACAGUUAGAUGAAAUACACAAAAGCCACAAUCGCCCAGUUUGCAUAAGGUCAACUACCCUAGCUAAGUUUAUGAAUAGAAAUACACUUCGUUUGGUGUCAUAUGGUAGCAGUGUAUUGAAAAAGGGUUUUGCUUUUUAUAAUAGUGCUAUUCACAUAGUAAAGGCAAUGCCUCCUUCAGAAACAGUUAAGUUAGCUAAACAUUUUCUUAAUCAUCCAGCAGAGUGGGGGAACUAUCAUCUUAAGGAUAAUAAUUGUGAAAUGUUUGCUUGCUUCUGCAAAACUGGUAUUAUGGAUUUAGCAACACAGCUUAAUCUUAGACGCUUAUUUUUUUCAGAAAGAAUCAUGGAACCAUCUUUAUGUAAGACAUUUGAAGAAGCGUUGAGAAAAUAUCGUGAACAGUGUAUUAAGAAUUAA